UGAAUCCACAGACAUAGUGCUGGAAUUCCGCGGGGGUUGCGGACUAUAUCUGCUAUGAUGUGAGAGUAUAAGAGUGCUUGUAUACUAUAUUGCGUCUGUUAUUGGCUGAGAUCACUAGCUCGAGAGCAUCAUCAUGUGGGAGGGGGAGGAUGGCGCUACGCAGCUACCCCAUAAUGAUUGACUCAUCCCCACCUUGAUCGUACCCAGCAGCACAUCCAUACCAAUAGAUUCCAUUAACAGUCCCAGAAACCCAGCAUCACUCAGCACCAACUAGCUGCCCCAAUGUCAUCCAACAUUCGACUCGCAACCCAUGACGACCAACAAAUCAUCGAGGACAUCAUAAACGAGUCGUUCUCGAUCUACAUACCCCUCAUCAACAGAAAACCCCAACCGAUGCUCGACGACUAUAGCGCGCUGAUCAAGGACGGAUAUGUCUACGUGGCUGAGCGGGACGGAGAGAUCCACGGCACCGUCGUGCUUGCUCCGAAGCAGGAUUACAUGCUAGUGGACAAUAUAGCUGUCGCUGAGUCCGCUCGAGGCACUGGGCUGGGUCGCAAGAUGCUCGAUUUCGCGGACGAAGCAGCCCGACGGGCAGGAUAUGAUACCGUUCGGCUUCAUACCAACGAGACGAUGGUGAAGAAUAUUGCUAUCUAUAAGCGGUUGGGAUAUGUGGAGACGCAUCGUGCUGAUAAUAGGGGGUUUCAACGGGUCUAUAUGGCGAAGAUGUUGAGUUGAUUGUUUUGAUGCUGUGGCUGGUGCGAUGGAGGUCAUGUAUCAUUCCCUCGAUGCGGUAUCUGCAUUGCUUGGACAUAUAAGGACUCUGAUAGUCAUUUCAAAUUCAUCUAUUCUUGUGUGGCUACCGGC